CGGACCCGGACGUUCUAGGACGUCGUGCGGCGGCUCCGGUGGCGGCGGCGACUCGGGCGCGCAGCCAGAGCCCGGCCUGGGCGGCUGAGGAGCAUGGAGCUGGCGGCAGCGGCGAAGAUCCCCGAAGAGGUGGCUGACAUUUUCAACGCCCCCAGCGACGAGGAAGACUUCUUCGGCUUUGGAGAUGACAUUCCCAUGGAAACGCUGUACCUGGAAGAGAGUUUUGACUCCUCAGAGUCAGGAAAAAAGGAUAUGCAUUUCCAUUCCAAGUACAUCACCGAAGAACUGCAAAGGAUUUUCACCGAGGAUACUGACUCGGAGACGGAAGAUUUUGAAGGAUUUACCCAGAAUGAACUCAACAGUCCCCCAGAGCUAAUGCUCACAGAGUCAGAAAUGAGUGAUGAAGAUGCUGGAGACAGGCAUGUGGGCAGUGAAGAGGAAGAGGAGGAGGAGGAGGAGGAAGAAGCCAAAACAAAGACGGCCUCCAGAAGAAACAGCUUUGGGCUAAGAGUUGCCUUCCAGUUCCCCACAAAGAAUAAAGCAGAUAUAAAAACCAGGUUUUCUGAGCCAUCCUUUUCUAGCUUACAUUUUGAUGAGAGUGAAAAAUCGAAGUCUUUGAGAAGAAAGAAAAAUGGUAGGCCGGCGAAGAGAGCUGUGGAAGGAUCCACCUCCGAGUCGGACGAGGACUCGGACCUGGGCCAGACGGACUCGGACCUGGGCCAGACCCACUCGGAUGCUCUGAUCAAAAGAGCCAUGAACAUCAAGGAGAACAAAGCCAUGCUUGCUCAGCUACUGGCAGAACUGCACUCUCUCCCAGAGCUGUUCCCGGUGCAGACCCCGAGCCCAGCUUACAAAAAGAAGCCGGUCAGGCGGGCUUUCUCAGAGGGACAGAUAACUCGCCGCAUGAACCCCACCCGCAGUGCCCGGCCUCCAGAGAAGUUUGCCGUGGAAAACUUCACCGUGUCCCCCAACUUUGAAGAAGACCUGUACGCUUUCAGGAGACGGAAGAAAGGGAGCGGGGGUAAAUGCCGCGUGUACAGAAAACGGCGUAUGUCUUCUUACCGGACAGUGGAUGAGAUCACCGAAGAUGACCUAGAAAACGUCGCCAUCACUGUGAGAGAUAAAAUCUACGACAAAGUUCUGGGUAACACGUGCCAUCAAUGCCGACAGAAGACCAUCGAUACUAAGACAGUGUGUCGGAACCUGGAGUGCGGGGGGGUCAGGGGGCAGUUCUGCGGCCCGUGCCUCCGGAAUCGUUACGGGGAAGACGUAAAGUCGGCUCUCUUGGACCCGGACUGGGUGUGCCCCCCCUGCCGGGGGAUUUGCAAUUGCAGUUACUGUCGGCGGCGUGACGGGCGAUGUGCCACCGGCAUCCUCAUCCACCUGGCAAAAUUUUAUGGCUACAACAACGUGAAAGAAUACUUGGAGAGCAUACAGAAACAACUGGUUGAAGACCAUUAGGAUGCAGAGAAAAUGGCCAGAAAUGGGGAAGGGGAGGGGUCUUGUCGGGAAGACCCCCUUCCCCAUCGAUGUUCCAGAUUUGACGAGUGUUGUGACGGUUUUCUUUGUACAGGGAGCAGCUGUUGGUGGGGGGGAACUCAGCAGUUUGGCUUCUUCCUGCGUGCGGUUUGUGACGCUUUGUCCCAUGUUUGUAAAGUUUCUCAGGAAAGCAUCGUCUUAGUACGGGGGUCGCUGGAUUGUCCAUGACCCGCGAUAGCCAGCCUAGUACAUUGAGGUCUUUACAAAAAACGCUUCUAACUGAAAAGCACAAUGAGAAUAAUGUAGAUAUUGUUAACCUUCCAGGUUAAGUUUACAAGGAGAAAACUUGAUAAGACCCUCCCGGCCUGGGAAGGAAAUGCUCAGGUAUCGACUGUGCCCUAAAGUAACCCCUGGAAGACAAGGCUGCCCUCGGCCCGAGACGCAUUCGAGAUUUGGAAUCGGGGCUUUUUUCCUUUACCCUUUAUUACCAAGUGCAAUUAUUUGGAAGAACUUGAAAGUGUAGCGUUGUUUUUUCAGUUUGCUUAUAGAAAAACCUGCCCGGCCCAUUUCUCCGUUCCUUUAGGAAAGGAACCCAUUUUGGGGCCUCCCCCCAAAGCCCACACAAAGACUUUUAUUUGACGCUUGGUCUCUUAGAGCAGGAAUUCCCCUUGGGGAGCGGGCACUCUCAGCCUUGUUUUUCAGGUCUUGUUUUAGUGAUUUCAUGGUAAGCCACAUAAGGGAUACGAGCCUUAACUUUUGUUUCUGGGGUUGCAGACGCUUUGUGGUGGCGGGGAGAGCACGGCCUUUCUCUGGGGGUUUGCACUCGUGUUGGUUUGUCUGUCUCUUCCCGUCCUUCCC